CUGCAUACUACGCAUGUGCAAUUGAGAAAGGUUGUUGAAAGAAAUGGACUCCACUGAAAGACCCAGGUCUUGCGCAUGCGUUUUACUGCUGGUUGAAGCCGAACCUCGGAGCCCAGGACACCUUCCUGCACAUGCGCAGAAGGCUCAAUGACAGUCGCGCGUUGGUUAAGGUUCCGGGGAAAGGGUCUGGCCAUGCUGCAUGUGACCCGAGGGGUCUGGGGGUCCAGGGUCCGAGUAUGCACGCCGUUGUCAGCGCUCCUCGGGACUCGCCGGGCGCUGUCGUCCCUGGUGGAAAAGAUGGGGGUGUACCGCAAGAUGUGGAACCCCACGGAGCCCCGCGACUGGGCCCAGCAGUACAGAGAGCGCUUCAUUCCGUUCUCCAAGGAGCAGCUGCUCCGCCUCUUGAUACAGGAAUUCCACUCCAGUCCAGCAGAGAAGGCAGCUCUGGAGGAGUUCUCGGCCCACGUGGACUUCUGCACCCUGUUCCACUACCACCAUAUCCUGGCCCGGCUGCAGGCGCUGUAUGACCCCAUCAACCCUGACAGGGAGACCCUCGACCAGCCCUCACUCACGGAACCCCAGCGUCUGAUCAACGAGCAGGAGGUGCUGCGGGCCCUGGAACCGCUACUGGCCCAGGCCAACUUCUCCCCACUGUCAGAGGAUGCCCUGGCCUACGCGCUGGUGGUCCACCACCCUCAGGAUGAGGUCCAGGUGACAGUCAAUCUGGAUCAGUAUAUCUACAUGCAGUUCUGGGCCCUGGGCCAGCGAGUGGGCCAGAUGCCUCGUAUGUCCAGCGUGGGCUCCAAGCGUGGCUUCUUCACCAAGAAGCUCCCUGCAGAGAGGAGGUACUUCAAGCGGGUGGUGCUGGCGGCACGGACCAAGCGGGGCCACCUGGUGCUGAAGAGCUUCAAGGACACGCCGCUGGAGGGCCUGGAGCAGCUGCUGCCCGAGCUCAAGGUGCGCACACCCACGCUGCAGCGCGCCGCGCUCAACCUCACGCUGGCGGUGUCCGGCCUGGUGUUCUUCGUCAACGUGGGCAUGGUGGUGCUGUCUGACCUCAAGGUGGCCACGUCCCUGCUGCUGCUGCUCUUCGCCAUCUUCAUGGGCCUGCGGGCCUCCAAGAUGUUCGGGCAGCGGCGCAGCGCGCAGGCGCUGGAGCUGGCACACAUGCUGUACUUCCGCAGUACGUCCAAUAACUCGGAGCUGCUCAGCGCACUGGCCCUCCGCGCGCAGGACGAGCACGCCAAGGAGGCGCUGCUGGCGCACAGCUUUCUGGCCCAACGCCCAGGCGGCGUGCAAAGCUCGCCCGAAGAGACCUCCCGGUGGCUGCAGUCGGAAGUGGAGAGCUGGCUCCUGGCCCAGUCCGGCUGUGACGUGGCUUUCAACGGAUCCCGGGCCCUGGCCCACCUGCAAGCCCUGACGCCCAGCAUCGGGCUCUACCCUCCCCCGGGUUUCCCCAGACUAGGCCCGUUGGCCCCAGGCACUGCCGAGGUCCCUCAGGCCACCCCCAGCAGUAGCGACCUCUGACUGCCACCUGGCCAGAGGCUAAGCUCCGCCCCCUCCACGACGGGCUGUCAAUCACAGCUACUACGCUUUGUCACUCUCCCAUGCCCAGUUACUGAUAGGUAAUUAUCUUGACUGCGCUGUACAUUUAAAGCAGCCAAUCGAGGCUGCUGCCGGUUGCUAGGCAUCUCCCCUUCAGGAAUCCAGGCAGCUCUGCCCGGCUUCCGUUUCAUUUCUUAGUCCCACCCACUCCCUAAACAUUGAACUGGUUUGGCUGAGGUGAGGGUGUCAGCCGGUCCCAGCUGCUGAGCGCCGGCUCUGUAAGCCACCAGGCCGAGGGGUGAGAGCUGCGACUUCCCCAGGCUGCACAUCACUGUCUUUUUAGCGCCCGGGGCAGCCUGCCCAACACGGGCACUGGGCGGGGCCUGGCACAGCCAAUGAGAGUGGCUCGGACCCGCCCCCUGGCCGGCGGCCCACGACAGCUGCUGGGCACUGUCGGCCCGGGAUAGCCCGUUGUCCCCGUAGGGAAGCAACCAAUCCGAGUUCCUGGCGGAGCCUGGUCUUUGUAUCCUUCGAUGCGGCCGUGUACCAGCCAUCUGGUCAACUGCUGAUCAGGGUGUCGAGGCUGAAGGCGUUAGAACCUCGUACCAGGCCAGUAGCUGUGGACCUGGCAGAACCAGAGACCAACCACACCCCCACUCACUGCAGCUCAGGCUCCCAACGACCUCAUGUGCCUUCCCCGCCUGGGGCCCUCACCUUCUCUACAGAAACUACCUCGGUCUGCAGCCUCCUGCCCCCUCCCCCAUGCGUAUUUAUUGGUCUGUCAAUUUCUUCCCAAUCCCCUCUCCCAAAGAAAUAAACCAUGUUUAAUAAA